CCAACUUCAGUAUGAGCGAAGACUCCACCAUGGCAUCACUAGUCGUUCCGCAGCCUUGUCGGGAGGACUUGUUCUCAAAAUCGUCGCCGACACGCCUCCUGAACAUGGACAAAGACUCCAAGUGCAGAUUAAUCAACGCUUUUUGGCCACAUUUACGACUUACACCUCCUGAUCUGAUUGAUGAGGAAUACUCUGACUUUUUUUAUUUCCUCGGCAAAACUCUGCUGAGCCUCUACCCGCAUUUGGAAAAAUUUGCGGCGCGAGAUCUUCCAGAUCUCUUUCUUGAUAUCCACACUUUGCGGGAUAGGCGGCAUUCGACGAAGCAAGAACUCAUUCCGGAGCUUCGACAGCGUUACUCGGAUUCAAGCGAUUCUGAUGUUGCGCGGUCCAUGGAACUCGCUGUCAGGCUAUGGCUUGGGAUCAACGUAUGCUCCAGGCAGCUCAUCGUUGGACCGCGGAAUGGCCGUGACAGCCUCGUGGAAUGGGCGGACGCGCAUACUUUAGAUCAGAUGGUCAGAAGUCAGUUCGUACCUCAUCAGACUAGAUGGUCUUCUAGGAACUCUCCACUCGACGAUUCAUUUACGGUCGUAAACCUAAAGAGCAUAUGCCGUUUGAACAUACGCUGGACCGACAGUCUAGUUGACCACCUGAAGCUGGAAGGACCCCGAGGCCAUCGCAGCCUUACCAUCUACCGCCACAAGAUCAGCCUGAUUAAUCAUCGGAAAGGAUCAGAUUCAACCAUCAUGCCGCCCGACGUGCUGGACGAAGCCUUGCGCACUCUUGAUUUACUCUUCCCUUUCGGCGACCCCAAAACUGAAGCAUUCCUCAAAGACGAAAAAGUGCAAUUCUGGGCCGUUGCACCGAGAGAACUCCCGCGGGCAACAGAGACGGACGACUUCCAUCAUUGGCGCAAUAACAUGGUAGCAUUAGCCAGUCUCUUCAAUGGACCACCUGAGACAAUCGUGCAGACUUUACUCGACACAAGAAAUCUUCCGCAAUUUGCAACUUUAUGGGUAGCAAUUUUUGGCGUAUUCUUACUGACAAUUCUGUUCGGAAUUCUGACAACAGUUUUUUCAAUAAAACAGUAUCGUAUCGCAAUAAAGUCGUAUGAAUUGUCGCUUGCAAUGGCUUGUCAGCAGACAGCCACACCGCUGCCGCUGUUUUGUACUAAGCUGGAUUAG